AUGUUACCCCGUGACCAUUGCUGGCGCGACUACAACGUCCUCCGCGGAGAGGGUCGUCCGCCGGUGCACGGAUCGGCCGAGGAUAACCGGCGAUCGUCGUCGGUGUCCUAUCAUCCACGUGGGGUCGAGUACCGGCUGCUACCAGUGGUGCAGCUGAAACCCGACUUCGGGAUCCCGUAUGUCCUCUGCUGGCGUGUCCCGAGCGCGAUCCAACGGAUCCAGAUACCUCUUCAGCAUCAUCACCAUCAUCAUCAGCACCGGCAGCAUCGGUAUCAACACCACCAUCGUCAGCGACGUCGUCGUCGUCGACAGAUUCAGGGAACACCUCGAAGGUACCCUGCUGUCCCUUUCGCGACCACGGCGAGGUAUCCGUCACCGUACGGCUGCGGUUUGCAGCACGGCAACCCCCUUCCCGCGGUGCCUGGUAUGGAAACAAGGUACAAAGCGAAUCAUUGCGUGAGCGGGGGCGGUAGCCGCGGAAACGGCGCGACUGGCGGUACCGGAGGCGGUCUAGGUAGCGGAGGCGGAGGCGGCGGCCGCGGGGGCGGCGGGGGUGGGAGCCCCGGCAGGGGCGGCGGCGGCGGAGGAGGAGGCGGCGGCGUUGGAGGCGGAGGAGGAGGAGGAGGAGGAAUAGACGGUGGCGCGGUGCCCGCUGCACCACCGACCACCGGCCGUCACCACCACCACCACCACCACCAUCAUCACCAUUAUCACCGCCUCGUCACCACGACCACCACGACCACCACCACCACCACCACCACCACCACCGGCGGCACCAGGCACCACAAGUACAAGCUGCCCGCUGGCAAGCUGUGCAACGAACACCGUCACCACUCGCAUCAUCACCGGCAUCACCCACACCAUCGCUCCCACCAUCGGGGCAUGAACAUGGGCCAAAAAGUUUCAGGCGGCGUGAAGAGCGUGACGCGCGAGAGCGGAGCUGGAACGGGCAACGCAAUCGGCGCCGGUGCCGGCGGCGGCACCGUGGCGUACAAACCGGUGGUACCCAGGGAGCUGGCGCAAGACUUCUCGAGGCCGGCACGCCUCGAUGUACUACUCGACAUGCCACCCGCCUCGCGGGAGACCCAGGUCCAUCACAGCUGGAACGCUGACGACCGUAGUUUGAACAUAUUCGUCAAGGAAGACGAUAAGUUGACGUUUCACCGACAUCCCGUGGCGCAGAGCACGGAUUGCAUCAGGGGGAAAAUCGGAUACACGAAGGGCAUGCACGUGUGGGAGUUGUACUGGAGCACGAGGCAACGGGGCACGCACGCCGUAGUUGGUGUCGCGACAGCGGACGCGCCUCUUCACAGUGUCGGUUACCAGAGUUUGGUUGGCAACAACGAGCUCAGUUGGGGCUGGGAUCUUGGCAGGAAUAAGCUGCUUCACGACUCGAAGAACAAUAACGGUUUCACGUAUCCAGCCCUUCUCAAACCGGACGAAACGUUCAUCGUUCCUGACAAAUUCCUCGUGGUCCUGGACAUGGACGAAGGUACGUUAGCUUUCGUCGUGGACGGACAGUACCUUGGUAUCGCGUUCAGAGGCCUUAAAGGCAGGAAGCUGCAUCCUAUUGUGUCCGCUGUAUGGGGACACUGCGAGAUCACGAUGAAAUACAUCGGUGGACUUGAUCCCGAGCCAUUGCCCCUCAUGGACCUCUGUCGAAGAGUAAUCCGCCAACGGAUCGGCAAGCACAGGCUAGAAGAGAAAAUACAGUUGCUGAACCUGCCGCAGGCGAUGAAGACUUAUCUCUUAUAUCGGGACAGGAGAUAACAAUCGAGUGGUCCCAGUGAAAACGCCACCACGAUUACGACUGUGAACACGCAACACAGUGUAAGCCGCGUGCGCGUUCUAUGGCGUUUGAAUCCGUGUCAGGAUAGGACGAGACGAGUACGACCGUGGUCGUCGUCGGCGUCUUCCUCAUCAUGCUCAUCAUCAUCUUCCUCGUCAUCUUCCUCAUCAUCCUCAUCGUCGUCCUCCACAUCCUCCUCAUCGUCGUCCUCCACAUCCUCUUCAUCAUCCUCAUCCCGUUAGCUUAUGGUCUCCACCGCGUCCCUCGCUGUCAAACUUCAUUGUCGCCUUUUUGUCAUCGUCGUCGUCGAAGCUCGAUCGUGUUAUUAAUCUCGGGUCGGUCGUCGACUCGCUGUCGUUCACGGGACACACACGAUCGGAACGACGCUCCCACGCGAGAAGGAAUAUUAAGAAGAUGAAAAGGGGGAAAAGACCCAAUCUAACGCUGAACUAUAAACGCGAGCUGUAUUCGGGGACUAGCAACUAUUAUUUAGGUGAUAUUGUUGUUUUGUGUUAUGUCGAUACGAUUAAAAUCGUGAUGAAGUUUUUAUUGAUUGUUAUAACAACCGGCGAACGAUGCGGUGUAUCUCUUUAGUUUUUUUUUUUUGUUUUGGUAGCUUUCGCAUCUCGCUCGGCGCUGUGCUGUCUCUUUUUUUACGUUUUCGCCGCGUCGUUAGAACCGUUGCGCGUGGAAGAUGCCGCAACGACAGAGAAAGAGAGAAGAAGAGGAGAAGAAACGGGAAGAAAUCGAGGACCAGGUUUAUGGGCGAAGGACACGCAUACGUACGCACACACAGAAACACACACACACACACACACACACACACACACACCAUACGCAAAGAUAAAUGUACGUACGCGCCCAGUGGCUCGGAUGAGAAGAAAUAUUAUAGAAUACGAAAUCAUGGAAAUCCCACCAGCGCUUCACACUGUUGGCCAGUAAAAACAAAAAAAAAAAACGUUAGGCUUAGUCGAGUCUGGAGGCUGAUACCGGGUGUACUUUCGAUUAUUUAGUCAACGAAAACGGACAUUGGACAUGUUUCAGUCCGGCCACUGCGCAAACGAGACGCGCAAAGAAUGCAAUGAGAAGAAACAGAGAAUUCACGGAACAGGAGAGGAAGUCGAUAGCGAAACUCCAGUGAAACGAUUGAACAACGCAUGAAGCAAGACGACUGUAUUAUUACGCGAGCUACGGAGAGAAGAAAUGAAACUGUGAAUAGUAAGAAGCCAGUCGUUCGGACAGCCACCCUUCCAAUGGACUCAUUUUUCAAGUAUUUUCUAAGCAUGCUAGGUCUAAAUGAACUAUAGUGGUGUGCGUGAAUCGUGGAAAGGACACGGACAAAAGAGGGAAACGACGAAAGAUGAUGAUAUGUAGUUAUUCGUCGAGUAACGCGCCUCUCCGAUGUACCGUGUUCCUUGUUUGAUUUUAAAUAAGUUGCGCCCUAAAGACUCGCGUACGUCGCGGCUAGAGUCUAUUCGAAAUGCCGUUGUACGAGUUACACGAAUAGAAAUAUGCGACAGAUACGGAAAAAAGAGGUAGAACUUAAAUUACCUUCGGAAUAUUAAUGUACUAGGACGCAUCCAACGAAACGACAGGGCGGAAGUAUGGACACGGGCAUUGGAAUGAAGUGCACAGAUUCCAAACAUGAAUUAAAACUGUCAGCGAAGAUCCACGCGACACGACAUUAAAAUACGGUUAUGUAUGUUAUAUUCGACACGAAUCCAAGGCGACGAUCCAGAUGAUCACGAUCAUUACGAUGAAGAUGACGAUAAUGGUGAUGAAUGAACGAUGAUGACGAUAAUGAUGAAGAUAAUGAUGAUGAUGAUGACGAUAGUAAACGAUUAUACCGGGCGUGUUGCUACCUAUACUAUUAGCAUGACAAAUUAUGACUGGUCCCUAGUAACUCUUUACUCUUACGUUUGUCGCUUAGGUUUAAUGAUAAUGCCGUUAUCGGCGAUGUCGAUUUGUACAUAGGGUAUAAUUAUAAUAAUGAUAAUAAUAAUAAUAUCUAUCGGUACGACGAUAUGAAUGUAUAUGCGGGUGGUGAUUCUGUAUCCAAGACCGUAAGAACGAACCGAAUGCGAGAAAUAGACGAA